AUGUCUUCCUCGCAACCCUCAGAGAUCAUUCGCGGUUCUCAACACCAUCUGCGGCAGGAUGUCACCAAGCUUUGCCCCAAAGAUCUCGACCUCCUCGUCCGUGGAGUUCAGAGAAUCCAAGCGCUUCCAUCAAGUCAUCCGGAUCUCUUCGCCCAAAUCGCAAGCUACCACGGAAUCCCAGCAUGGUACUGUCAGCACGGCAACGUCCUUUCCCCCCUCUGGCACCGCGCCUAUAUCCUUCGUCUGGAACGUGCCCUUCGAAACGUGUUAGAAGAUGAGAGUUUUGAAAUGCCUUUUUGGGACGAAAUGUCCAAAGAGUCGGCCAAGAAAGGGCCUCCUUCCAACUUGACGAGGAAGACAUACGAGUGGAGUGAUGGUUCUGGCUCCAGGAGCAUUUGGAUGUUGAAUCGCACAUUCAUCUGUUGGGUUAUACUCAUGAGAAGGUGA